AAAAGUUGAUUGCUUAUCAACGGGAAUUUCAUGCUUUGAAGGAACGUCUUCGUAUAGCUGAGCAUCGCACUCUGCAACGCUCUUCUGAGCUGAACGCUAUCUUGGAGCAGUUCAGGCGUGCAGUAGCAGAAACAAAUGGGAGUAAGAAUGCAAUGAAUAAUUUUUCAGAUGAGACACUGAAAUUGUUAAAAGAGCUAACAAGUAGAAAAUCUCUUCAAGUGCCAAGUAUCUAUUACCAUUUGCCUCAUUUGUUGAAAAAUGAAGGAAGCCUUCAACCUUCUGUGCAAGUUGGCCUUGGAAGGACAGGAGUUUCCAUUGUAAUGGGAAUACCUACAGUGAAAAGAAAAGUCAAGUCUUACCUUACAGAAACUCUCCACUCCCUUAUUGAUAAGUUGUCCCCUGAAGAAAAACUGGAUUGUGUUAUGGUUGUCUUUAUAGGAGAGACUGAUCUUGAUUACGUUAACAGUGUUGUUGCAAGCCUGGAAAAAGAGUUUUCUACAGAGAUCAAUUCUGGUUUGGUGGAAGUAAUAGCCCCUCCUGCAACUUACUAUCCCGACUUGACAAACUUGAAAGAGACAUUUGGAGACUCAAAAGAGAGAGUGAGAUGGAGAACAAAACAAAACUUGGAUUAUUGUUUUCUUAUGAUGUAUGCCCAGAAAAAGGGGGUUUAUUACAUUCAGCUUGAAGAUGACAUCGUUGUCAAGCAGAAUUAUUUCAGCACAAUAAAAAAUUUUGCACUUCAGCUCGCUUCUGAAGAUUGGAUGAUUCUAGAAUUUUCUCAGCUGGGUUUCAUUGGUAAAAUGUUCCAGUCUCCAGAUAUCACUCUUAUUGUAGAGUUCAUAUUUAUGUUUUAUAAAGAGAAACCUAUUGAUUGGCUCCUGGACCAUAUCCUCUGGGUGAAAGUGUGUAACCCUGAGAAAGAUGCUAAACAUUGUGAUCGACAGAAAUCUAACCUACGGAUACGCUUCAGGCCUUCUCUUUUCCAGCAUGUUGGCCUCCACUCCUCUCUAGCAGGGAAGAUCCAGAAACUCACAGAUAAAGACUUCCUGAAACCAUUACUGCAUAAAAUCCACGUGAAUCCACCUGCAGAGGUUUCGACAUCUUUAAAAGUCUACCAAGGGCAUACGCUAGAAAAAACCUACGUAGGGGAAGAUUUUUUCUGGGCUGUCACACCAGUUGCUGGGGAUUAUAUUCUAUUUAAAUUUGACAAGCCAGUCAAUGUAGAAAGGUACUUGUUUCACAGUGGCAAUCCAGAGCAUCCAGGAGACAUACUUCUAAACACAACUGUGGAAGUUUUGCCUUUUCAG